GUUUUUGUUGUUAUAUAGAUCAUCAGUAUAAACAGACAUAAACUGGUCCGCUUCCUGUCUCUCCACCGGUCUUAAAUCACUUCCGCUGCCGUUGCUGCGACACGGGACGUCAUCAGGAAUGGCGGACAAGGAGAAGCGCCGGUCCGGGGCGACUCCUCCAGGGAUGCCCGAGGGCAAAGCCUCCAAGUCGGACAGCGACAGGGAGUUUCUUUCGCAGGUCGGGGUGGGAGAGCUGCUCCGCGGGGCCAUCUUGAAGAUGAUCGAGGCCAGAUCGGACGACCCCAUCGGUUUCCUGGCCGACCACUUCUGCAACCUGGCCUCGGUGACGGAGACCGGCUCGGCUGGAUGCGGAGACGGAGAUCAGAUAAACAACGGGCCGCUGAGCGCAGGAGCGCAGGAGCAGCAGGAGCAGCAGCAUCUCAACCGGGCUCUGUGGCACCUGCGGCUGGCUCACCACUCCCAGAGAUCUGCAUUCAGCAACAACGUCUGUGUGGCCUACGACCUUCUGAACCUCACGGGGCCCCGCAGACGUGCAGCUGAGGCUCCUGAGGGCCCUGAUGGCUCCUGCACCAACAGCCCGACAGAAGCCGGAGGAGGAGGAGUGAGAGGAGGCCUGUACACACAGACUCUGCAGUGCCUGUGCAGUGAGGGAGGAGUCCCUGCCUCCACCUCCGCCCCGCUCCUCCGACGCCUCCACUGCCAAGACCACGAGGCUGUCCCUUAUGACGUCUUCCGUCAUGGUGUGCUCACAUGUGCAGUUUUCUCAGACUACAUCCGGCAGGCUCAGAGGCUCUAUGCUGAGGUGUGUAGCCCAGACGAGGGGCCUGCGUCGCGGCCGCUGUGCCUGGCCGUGCUCGGGACCUUAAAGGAAGCUCUGGAGACUUCCCAAGGAUGUGAAGCAAACUGCUGCGUUAAUGCUAAUAGUAAAGCAAAUUCAUGUCUGGAGGCUAACGUGAAGGCUAUACGCUACCUGGAGGCCAGUGCCAAGAUCUCUCCGUACAAGCUGGGUCAGGCGAUGUCCGGAGCGCAGACACGGGGCCCGGGUGGAAAUAUGGACGCCAAAGAGUUUGAGAACGCAGCUGCAGAGCUCUUUAUCACCCGUGUUAAACUUGUGUCAUAGGUUUCCUGUCUGUCUUUAUAAUUUAUGAAUGUAAAGCAAUCUGAAGUAUAUCCUCGAGCAGUGAUACUCAACUUAUGGCCCGCAGACCAAAUCAGGCCCCUGAUCAGGUGCCACAUGGCCCCCAAACCGUUUUCAAAUUAAAGUAAUUCACCCUGGGAAUAAUUUUGUACUUCUAGUUUACAUAAGGUGCCAGAGUGCAAAAAACGGCAUGCCAGUGAGGAUCCCCGCACCCCUCAGAAGAGGUCCUAUCUAAGCCCUUGAUGGCCCCUGGCCUCCUGUCAUUUUGCAAAAGCGGCCCCCUGGAAAAGCAAGUUGAGUGUCCCUGCCCUCGAGUAAAUCUCGUCUUUGUACGUCCUCUCACCUCUAACCUGCACUCACAGAUUUUACCUCCACUCACUAAUGAAAGCUAUGAUUUCACUGUUUGGAAGAUGACACUAAUUGUAAAACAUAUUGUUUGAUGUCUGUUAUUGAACUCAUUAAAGUGGACCAGAUGAGAAAUCGACAUCUGCAGUGAA